AUGACGGGAACGACGAGUAACAGCAGCAGCUCCUGCGGCGUCUGCAGCAUCACAUUCGAUACCGUGGGCGCAUUCCGCCUACAUGCCAAAUCGCCAGAGCACGUCGCCAACCUCCGACGAAAGGCUGCACAAUCUGGCGCCGAAAUCCGCAACUCGACUGACUCCGACUCCGACAGCAGCAUCUCAUACCUGGCCUCGAGCGACUCCGACUCUGAGCCCGAGCCCAGCGGCCCUUCUGGGACGACGCCGGGCUUCAUCGCCGAGCAGUGUCUGUUUUGCAACGUGCGGUCUGCCGACUUUGACGCCAGCCUUAUCCACAUGGCGAGCACGCACAGCUUCGUUGUGCCGUACCAGUCGUCGCUGGUCGUCGAUCUGCCAACGCUGGUGUGGUACCUGCACCUCGUCAUCUAUACAUACCACGAGUGCGUCGCGUGCGGCAGCCGGCGACGGUCCGCGACGGCGGCUCAGCAGCACAUGCAGAGCAAAGGCCACUGUCGCUUCGACAUGGCCAACCCAGAGAUUCGCGACUUUUACGACGUGUCGGCGCUGGACACGCGACUCGUGUCGGAGCUCGUGCAGCCCGACGAUGGCACGAUCCGAUUGGCGUCUGGGAAGCUCAUCUCACAGCGCGGGGCGCAGAACAGCGGGCUAGCCAGCGGCGGCAGCGGCGGCAGCGGCGGCAGCGGCAGCAGUAUUCGCAAGAGGCUGGAGCGUGGGGGAGUGGAAGAUGCGAGGGAGACGGCGCUGGCGGUCCAAGGCAAUGCUGAGCAGCAGGUGGUGCUGGACGGUACGGACAGGAAAAUGGCGACAGCGGCGAGGCAGAUGGCGCAGCUGAGCGUGCGAGACCAGCAGGCGCUGGCGCAUUUGGCGCCGCAUGAGCAGCGCAGAGAGCUCACUCUGCGCCGGAAGCAGGCCGAUCGAGUACGGCGGGCAGAGUGGCGAGCGCAGGCGGCGCUGGGGCGCAAGGGAAACAAGACGUUGAUGAAGACUUACAAGCCGCAGGGCCCAGAGCGGCCUCUCGGGUGA